AGUCAAGCGGAAGUAUUCGACUGACUGCGUGUUAUUUCCACUUGCUUAUAAACAAGCGUUCAUUUCGUGCUUUCGCUUACCGUAUAUCUCGAUUCCAGGAGAGUCAAUUUUUGGAUUACUAUUUUACUGUUAAAUGGCCAUGACUCGUAAACUAUGGAGUUAUUCUCGUUCUCUAAUUCCGACGUUAAUCGGCCUUUGUACUGGAAUAGCUUUAUCACUAAUUUUUGCCCCUUUCCUGGAAGAGCCAUGUUCCGAUGAAUUGAAUCACAAUUCAUUUGAAAGUCACCUAAUUAAUAACAAAUUUCGGUUAAACGCCGAGGAAGAGAUAAAAAAGUCUUUACCAAAUCCGGUCCCCAUUGAGCCGAAGAAAAAACGUACUCGACCAAAAUACGCUGCCACUGAGCUGGGGAUAAAAGAAAAACUUUUAGCAGCUGUCAUAACCUCAGAAUCGACAUGGGAUGAAAUGGCUCCUGUAUUUAAUACGACUUUUAAACAACAUCCAACAAAGAUGAUAUUUUUUCGACGAAAGAAGGUGGCUGACUGGCAGAAGAAUGUUGUAUCAAUCGACGCUUCAAACGAUGCCGAAUACGUUUUAAUGGUCUUAAAAUUUAUAGCAGAGAAAUAUGGUGACAAGUACGAUUGGUUCUAUUUGGUAAAAGACAAUACAUAUGUUAGAGGAGAAAGGCUAAUGUAUUUAGCCACUCAUAUGAGCAUUAGUUAUCAAAUCUACAUGGGAGUCCAACAGGGAAGAGUGUGCGACUUCGAUUAUGGAGUGCUAAUUGCUCAGGCUUUAUUGGUAAAGAUUCAACCGAACUUUGACUGGUGCUUAAAAAAUGCAAUUUCGUCAACGGAAAGUGAAGCUUUAGGACAAUGCGUUGUACAUUCUAUACCAAAAAUAUCUUGUACAAACUCGUAUAAUGAACUUAUAUACGCUUUAUCUCCAUCCAACGAUACUGUUAGUAUACCUCGAAUGAAAUCGGCGGAUGAAAUGCUACGAACUCAUAAGCAUUGGUUAAAAAUUGAUUUAGAACUCACCCAAAAGGAACUUAGAGCUGUUCAAGAUGAAAUGGUUCGAAUAGCUCCAUUGACACCUGAAGGAGAAGCUGGUUUAACUUGGCCAAUAGGUAUUCCAGCUCCUUCCAAAGCCAAAAAUCGGUUUGAUAUUAUUCGUUGGGAUUACUUUACUGAAACGCAUAUCUAUUUCGAUACGGACUUUACAACCGUUCGCCCUUUAACUGGGGUUGAUAAAGAUGAUGUCGAUGAAGUCAUUGAUCAUUCUAUUAGGAAAUUAAAGGAGACUUAUUCAAGAUUAAAAUACAAAGGUUUAGAAAAUGGCUAUAGAAGAUUUGAUCCCGCUCGAGGUAUGGAAUAUCUUUUGGAUAUUAAAGUUUUUAACGAGGAGGAUAAUGAAGAAGAUUUAAAAAGAGUACAACUACUUCGACCGUUAUCCGUAGUUGAGCUUGUCCCAAUGGCCUAUGUAACAGAAGAAGCCAAAGUUUAUCUAAUUCUUCCCGUGACCGCCUCCGAUAGAGAAGCUGUUGUCCAAUUUCUUGAUUAUUAUUCCAGAGCGUGCCUUGAUACGAACGAUAAUUCUAAUUUAAUAAUAGUUUUCAUCUAUAAAGAAAGCUCAGAUGAGAACCACUUUGCAAUCUUGAAGAGUAUGAUGACCUAUUAUGAAUCAAAGUACACCAAAGGAGCUAGAAUGACUUGGACAUCAUUAGAAAAGGCAAAACUUCAACCAGGUCAAGAUGGAUUUGACCUUAUGUUGAUAGAUUCUAUGACAUCUACGUUGCCGUCCAAUGCCUUAAUUAUGUUAUGCUCAGUUGGAAUGGAAUUAUCCUCUGAACUACUUAAUCGCGUUAGAAUGAAUACUAUAGUCAAUCAACAGGUUUUCUUUCCUAUUGCAUUUUAUGAAUAUAAGCCGAAUUUAAUUUACGAAUCCCGACCAUAUCCUACCCAUAUAGAAAUUCUUAAGAACGUGGGUCACUUCGAUGAGAGCGCUUUUGAGCACUCAUCGUUUUAUGCUGCUGAUUAUCAAGCAGCCCGUUCUGCAUCACCAAAAAGUGUAAAAUCAACUACAGAUCUCUUUGAGCUAUUUGUUAAAUAUGGGGGAGAAAAGUUACACGUCUUCCGAGCAGUGGAGCCCUCCCUAAGGCAACAUUGGAAAGAAUUGAAAUGUGAGAAUAGGCGGCAAACAAAGAGAGGUCAAAACGACACAGCAGCGACACCCUAUGAACGUUGUAUGAAAAGUAAAUUAGAGGGACUAGCUAAUCGACAACAGUUGGCCAUGUUAUUAUUCGAACACGAAAAAAACACUCAAUCAAAAGCUAACGCAAGGGAGAGAAAGUAA